CGUGGCUUCCACAGAUAGUGGAAUGCGCGCGCCACGCCCUGUACAGUCUCGCGGAACGCGCGUACACGCGGAGUGUCCAUUGAGCAGCGGCUCGCGUCCGGUGUCCAGCCCUCCCCCGCCCUCGACAGCGCGCAUGCGCGACUCUCGACCGCUACAGGAGGGCGGCGCGCGCUGGAAUGCUACCUUAGCACUCCUCUGGUGGGAAGACGGGUCAGUGCGCGCGCAGGGGGUGGGAGUCACGGGGGGCCGGGUGAGUGAAGGCGGCGGCGGUGAGGGGGCCCAACACCACAAGAACGGACACACACCGGAGACGGCCCAAGUCCAUGGAGAGUCGCGUCUCCCCCGUAGCGUCACUGCUCUCCGCAGCCAGCAGGUUUCUCUAACCCCGGGCCGGCUCUCCUCCCGCACCGGGCGCUCUCGGACGUGUAGCGAGGAUAAGCGAGCGGCAAGAGUCGCAAGGACAACAGCAGCAGCAGCACUCGGGGAGGUCGGAGGAGAAGCCGCCUCUAUGAUGAAGUUCAAGCCGAACCAGACUAGGACUUACGACAGGGAAGGCUACAAGAAGCGGGCGGCCUGCCUGUGCUUCAAGAACGAGAGGGAGGAUGAGAUACUCUUGGUCAGCAGCAGUCGUUAUCCUGAUCAGUGGAUUGUUCCAGGAGGGGGAAUGGAGCCGGAGGAAGAGCCUGGUGGAGCUGCAGUCAGAGAAGUGUAUGAAGAGGCUGGUGUAAAGGGGAAGUUAGGAAGACUCCUGGGAGUUUUUGAGCAGAACCAAGAUAGGAAACACAGAACAUAUGUGUAUGUUCUCACAGUAACGGAAGUGCUGGAAGACUGGGAGGAUUCUGUUAACAUUGGGCGAAAGAGGGAAUGGUUUAAAGUUGAAGACGCUUUGAAAGUGUUACAGUGCCACAAGCCUGUACAUGCAGAAUAUUUAGAAAAACUGAAAGGAUGCUCCCCAACUAAUGGAAACUCUGUGGUCCCACCUAUAUCAGACAACACAUCUCUGUAUGUAACCUCUGCACAGACUUCUAGCUUACCCUCAAGUGUGAGAUAAAACUGCACUUUAAGGCAUCUUUCCUAUACAAGUGGGGAGGAUGCCAUUAUGUGUUCUCAUGAAAACAUCCUGAUGAUUAGACCUGGAUCCUCUUGCAAGAUGUGCUACAAACCAUUUUGUUUGCUUAAUUCAACACUUUUUUUUUUCUUCUUUUUUUUUUUUUUUAACCAUGUAUAAUAGUGUUCAUCCAACAAAAGCCAUAUGGAUUUUUUUAGAUGCCUUAAAUGGCCAUUCUUCUGUCUUAUGUUUUGUAACUACCAUUGUAAUAUGGCUUAUGUGCCACGACAAGUUUUUACAACUGCUUUUUCCAAAAGGGCUUUAACUUCCGCUGGAUGCAAGAUAAGCCUUUAGUGUGCUGUGUGAAUAGCUUCAGGUUGUGAGAGAAGUGUGGCCUUCACCAGGCUCAGCGCUGCACUGUUAUGUCACUGGCUGCUCUGUAGCAUGGGUGUCGUCACUAAAGAUGCACAUAUUCCUUAAAAUCAGUUCUGUUCCCCACCUUAAUGUUUGCUUUAGUUCUACUUUAAUGCCUGCAUCAAUUGCGUUAAUGUGAUAUCUGGGGAAUGUCCCUAAAGUAGAAAAGCAUAAGAAAUUAUACACAAUAUACCUUUUUCUACUGCAUAAAUGCAUCAACUCAUGCAAUUCUCUGAUUGUGAUAUGCUACAAGAGGAUGCCUAAACUAUAAUCCUCUUUGAUAAGAGUUGAUAAUAACAUUCACAUGUUAAUCAGUUCUUUUAUUGAACUUGACAUGAUUACAUUUGUUGUGCAGUUAACUGUAGAGCGAUUCUGUCGGCAGUCUUUUUUAGCUACUGCCAACUGAGUGGCUUCAUACUGUAGAAUUUGGAAACCUUAUUCAACCCAAUCAUAUGUCCUUAGAAGAUAAGUAUGGCUUGAGCUUAUUUAGCCAUACUUUUCUGUGCCACAGGUGUUCACUUAGUUUUGUGACCCAGAUUCAGUCUGCAGCAGACCAAAGCUUGUAAGCUUGUUUAUGUCACAGAGCUGGUUCAGGCUCUGCAGCAAUCCUGGCAAUGUUGGGAUCCGCCCAGAUGCCUGAACAGCAGCUGGUUCAGUCUCUCAGCAUGCCUCUGAGAGCCUGAGCCAGCCGCUCCCACCCCCUCCCUAGCUUGGUACUCCAGUGGGUGCUAGAGGGGCAGAGAGGUGACAUCUGGUCACCACUUUGCGCAGGGAAGACUGAGAAUGGAGUGAUCAGCAGGCAGUUGAAUGCUCUAUUCUUUGUCUUAAAGCCAGAGAGGGACAGCUGUAGCAUCGGACUAACACUGCGUCCAUGUAGGUGAACAUGUAAGUUGUGGUGGUUUUUGUAAUCCCACACUUCUCCGUUUAAUUAAAAUUCAGAGAUCCUUCAUUCAGAUAUAUACAGUAUGUUGUAAUACUGACUGUAUGUUUCACUGUGGCCUGUUUUUGCAAGGCUGGCACUAAGGAUCUACAGCCCUGCUAGAAAAUGGGUGCCAUUUUGACAUUUAUCCCUGACAAAGAAAUUGUAUCCCAUUAUGUUUAAGAAAAUGUAGUCCCCCCCCCCCUUACUAUCAUACAUAGCAUCUCAGUAGACCAUUCUUAUGUCAGUUCUUGCAGAAAACCUUGACCCCAUUGACAACUGCAUUUCUGAGGUGGUUCACCUGAAAAAUGUAUAGACGUGUGAAAUGUUUGUGUGAACUGAACCUUGAAGUACAUCCAUAUGAGCGUUUGAUAGCUGCUUAUAGGUAGUUAUGGUAUUUGCAGUCAUUGCCUACUUGUUCAAAACAUGCACAGUCAAGGCUAUGGAUGGAGUAGCGGCAGUUGGCACAGUCAGCUGUGUCUGCUGUGAUGAUGGCUACAUUUUUUGAGUCUUCUUUUUUUUUUUUAAUGCCUGUCUUGUCAACACCUACCCAACAGCUCAUUAGGAUUUAUUUUUCUGUAAAUUGAUUUUAUUGGUGGCUUAUUAUGUAAACCAACUUGUAUAUAUGUGCUAUACUUUUAAUUGGACAGCACCCAUAUUUAAACAUGGUUAAUCUUGGUUUAGUAUAGUUCUGGAUUUUUUUUUUUUUUUUUUUUUCAGCGAUUGGUUCAUUAGCUCUUAAUAGGUAAAUUAAAAGGCUAGUCCACCCAAAAGUGACAUUUUAGCACCAGUUUGAAUUUGGUGGUCUUAAUCACCCACUGGUUAAUAUUUUGGCAGCCAACAGUAAUAAUCUUCCACCAUACUUCUAGUUUUUCUGUAUACUAAAUUGACUUAAACUCAACAUGAGAACAGAAAAAAGCCUGGAGAAUGUGCAUACUUAGAAACUUGACAACAUAGAUUAUCACCACCAAAGACUGCAAGGAAAGUUUAAAGCAGGGGUAAGCAACCUCGGCAAUCCAGCUGUGGUUAAACUACAAAUCCCAUCAUGCCUCUGCCUCUAGGAGUCAUGCCUGUGAUUGUCAGGGUCUUGCAAUGUCUCAUGGGACUUGUAGUUUCACCACAACUGGAGGGCCAAGGUUGCCUACCCCUAGUUUAAAGGAACCCAUCGGGAGAGGAGUAUGGAUUCUUCCACUGCUGAUUAUUAAGGUGGUGGCUUUAGGCUUUUGUUUUCAUUUUUGUUGCCUUUAGUGAGUGGCUGAGCUGGAAAAAUGUGGAUAUAUAUUAGGUAGUGUCACCAUCUAGUAUACAAAGCUUUUUCCCUUUGAGUGUCUUACCAAUUAGUGAAAAAAGGACAGCGAUAAAGUCCCAGGCUGGACACCUGUAGCAAAGGCGACUCUCAUAUUUAUCUCCUGGUGGGUUCCUGUUAACUAAAUUAUGAGUUUGGGUGAAACGAUUUUUUUUUUAAGCAUAAGUACAUGUAGUAAUGGCCACUUUGCAUCUGACACUUGUUUGUUUGCAUUCAUGAAAAAGGUGAAAGUUUCUAAGUCCAAAGAAAAGAUCAUGUGCACACUGGUAUCUUUACCUCAGCCAGGAUGAGGAUGAUUGAUCCCUACUGAGGAAUGUAGAGACUGCUUAUUGAUAGGAUUGAUUAAACAUACAUGAUGACCCUUCUAGAUUUUCCAUCAUUCAUGCUCAGAAGGGAUCAAUGAAAACGGCUGACCUUCUUGUGUUCACUUUCCAUUGACAGAACAAUCCAGAAUAAAAUCUAUCCAUCUGUAUGUAGCUUUCCACAUGUUAUGUUUCUAAUUCAUGUAAGUAAAACACAUGCAGAUCCAAGAGCCCAGUGCUUUUGUGCAGGAUGCCAAAGAAAUUUUACAUUUUGGUUUUUAAAUGUUACACUGGGCAAGUAAUCCAUUAUUCUGCAUAAUACCAGUUAGUCUAGCCUUGUGGAUCCUUAUAGUUUAAUGCUAAGGAAUUUGAACAGAAGAUUUGGAUUCUCUACCCAUGCACACAGCCACAGCAAACAGUUUCUUCUCUCAGGUUAAAUGCCAUUGAUCUGUAUAUAGAAAAAGGAUAUGGUACUUUCUGCCCUCCGCAUCUCCUGAUAUGUUUAGCCGAGUAGCUUUUUCCUUCCGUAGUCUGUCAUUGCGGUCUUCAUCAGUAUAUCUGUAAAGUAUGUGUAUGUAUUUUCACACAUUCACUUUAUCUUUAACAAGUUACCUGCCACCUUCUCAGAUGCUUCCUCAACAUCUGUUCACACAAGCACUACAUGGCUGUGAAAGAUCCUCUAUUGGAAUGCCUGUAGUGCUUUGAUUAUUUAAUCUUCUUUUCUGGCUGCUUGGACCUUUGCAGUAUCCUGUACAUGCACUGUUAAGCACAAGUCAGACUUCCCAUAGGCAAUUACUUCAGCUUCUCUACACCAUCAGAGAGACUAUUAUAGUAUUGGCCACAGUUUCAUCCCCACAGAUCUUUUACUUGUGUAAUCGCCAUACUCGGGGCUUUGUCUUCGAAUCAUUUGUAGCCAAUACUCUGAGGUUUUCUCAUAUAGUUGGCUAAAUAUUGUAUAUACCUUGUAACAGCGAAUGUAAUGUAUACAAGGUAUGCUACAGAAGAAAGUCUUUUGAUUGCCCGUCUUCUGUCAGAAACUUCACAUAAAAAAAAGUAAUAGAAGCCGAUUUAUUGCUAUCGGAAACAAAUGCUUUCCUAUAGAAAACUUUUCAUGCAGCAGGUCCCAGAUCUGUAUGUGACCUGCUUUGGGAGAAUUGUUGGCCUAAAACCUUUGUAGUCUUGCAUCUUCAAGACCGCAUCUGAAACAGGAAAGUUUAAUAAAAACCCAUUUUCCAAUAUAAUAAUUGAGGCAUGGUAUAAAUAUGAUUUUUGCAUUUGUUCCAUUUAACACUGGCCCCAGAUUGUUCCGGAAUAACUGUAGAUAAGUUGUAAUAUUGCUUUCAGUGUUAACAAUUAUAUUCUGUGUAAAAAUGCAUCUUUUUGUAAAUAAUCAAAUCAGUAAAUACGGCGAGUGCACAAAGGAUUGUUGUAAUUUAAACAUUUUGUUACUCAAUACAUUUUUUCUUCUUUUUUUUUAUAACACAAACUGUGUAAAAUGCUGCUAUAAAUUAAAAUCAUUGUGAGUGCUGUUA